GGAGAGAGGAGAGAGAGAGGAAAACCAGACACAAUAAGAAGAGAAGGAAGACAAAGAGGAGAGAGAGACCAUGCUGAGGAGGAAGAGGAGCGUGUCGUUCGGAGGCUUCGGCUGGAUAGAUAAGUCCACAGUCAGUGCUCUGAGAUCUCGUAAACAGGAGCUGCUGACCAUCUCCAAUGUUGCUGUUGGAGACAGCCCCCCCUCGCCCCCCCGCACUGCACCCCCCACCAUGAAGUCAGCUCAUUUCUUUGACACGAUGGACAAGAUGGAGGACGACUACAUUCCGUACCCGAGGAUCGAGGAGGUGUUGGAGAGGGGGGGCCCUUACCCUCAGGUCAUCCUGCCUGAGUUCGGCGGAUACUGGAUCGAGGACCCUGAGGCUGAUCCUCCUCCUCCCCCCCUGGAGGAAGGGGGGGAGGAGGAUGGGGGAGGGAGAGAGGAGGAAAACACAGCCCCAGGGGAUUAUGGGUACCGGCUGGAGGAGGUUGGCGAGGCGGCGCGGGCUUACAGGAAGCACUUCUUGGGCAGGGAACAUUUGAACUUCUCCUGCUCAGCCAGCAGUGUUGGAAACCUCCUUCUGUCAGUGAGACACGAGGAGGAGCCGGCCCAGGAGUCUCUCCACGUCCUCAUCAGGUCUCGGGUGAAAAGCGUCUACCACAGAUUGUCUCUGGCGGAGCUGCCGGACAUCCCCAGCGUCCCGGAGCUCGCCAAGCUGCUGAGUGACGAAGCUGCUGGUCUACGCUUCUGUCCCGUCCUCUACCCGAAGGCGUCUCAGCUGAUCGUAAACUACGACGAGCACGAGGUCAACAACACCUUUAAGUUUGGAGUCGUUCACCAGAGAUGUGGACAGGUGUCUGAGGAGGAGCUGUUUAGGAACAACGAGGAGACGCCGGCCUUCACAGAGUUCCUUCAUCUGCUUGGAGACACGGUGGAGCUGCAGGACUUUAGAGGGUUCCGGGGGGGUCUGGAUGUGGCUCACGGGCAGACGGGGUCUCAGUCCGUCUACACCGUCCACCGGCAGCAGGAGAUCAUGUUCCACAUCUCCACCAAGCUGCCCUUCACGGAGGGAGACGCGCAGCAGCUCCAGAGGAAACGCCACAUAGGGAACGACAUCGUGGCGGUGGUGUUCCAGGAAGAGGCCACGCCUUUUGUCCCCGACAUGAUCGCCUCCAACUUCCUGCACGCCUUCAUCCUGGUGCAGGUGGAGGAGCCGUGCUCUGACAGCACCUCCUACAAGGUUGCCGUCACAGCACGAGAAGACGUACCUCCGUUUGGACCCCCCCUCACGAAUCCAUCUGUUUUUAAGAAGGGUCCAGAGUUCAGAGAGUUCCUUCUCACUAAACUCAUUAACGCAGAGCUGGCCUGCUACAAGAGCGACCGCUUCGCCCGGCUGGAGGAGCGUACCCGGGCUGCCCUGCUAGACAGCCUCCAUGAUGAGCUGUACAGACGCUCCCAGAGCAUGCUGGGAUUGACGUCAGGUCUAGAGGAGGAGGGGCGAGCUGAGAAUGGACACACCCACGGAGGUCUGCUGGAGUCCAUCAAGAGGGCGAUGCGAGGACGGAGCGUCUCAAUGGAGACCAUGUCGCGGGGCGGGGCCGGUCUGCCCACCAGCCUGAGUGGGGGGGGUCUUGCACACGUCAGCGCUGAGUGUAACGUGAAAUCUCCGGUGAGGAGACGGUCAGGACUCUUCCCUCGUCUGCUGAGCGUCGACAGCCAAACCGAGAGACACAACCAGAGGAGUCUCCUCAGUGAGCAGAGGAGCUUCGACAACUGCCUCCCGACGCUGGAGGUGAGGUCAGAGCUGCCGUCCAAUCCCAGCUCUCCAGAGGCGGGGCCACGGGACAGCAGGUUUCUCGUGAAGAAGGCGAGCAGUAAGAUCUCCAGAUCGACAUCCAGCACCUGCAGCUUAAGCGUCUCUGCUGAUGACUCACACCUGUUUGUGUCCCAGGCUUCGACGGUUGAAGGUCAAAGUUCAAGUCCGCUCAUCGUCUGUCGCAGCCCCACAGAGAUGAAAAAUAAAAACUCGCCCAGAUCCAACCUAAAGUUUCGUUUUGACAAGUUGAGUCACUCCGCUGCAGGGAACUGACCAGCAGAGGGAGAAUAACAACGAGGAGGUUCAGGCAACUGUAGGCCUUGAAUCAGGAGGAGGAGGAGGAAGAGGACGGAGAGGAAGAGGAGGAAGAGGAGGGAGAGGAAGAGGACGAGGAGGAAGAGGAGGAAGAGGAGGAAGAGGAGGAGGAUAUAACUCACACUCACUGAGGAUAAAAAGGGAAAAAACUUCUUCUCUUCUCAGAGGGAAUCAGACCACGGGACUGUGCAUGUCAACACACACACACACGUAC